AUGUAUGAAGUUCUUGAAGCAAUAUACGUGUUUUUCAACGCAAGUACAAAGCACUCAAAGGUGUGUGGUGAAUUGGUCGAUUCACUGAAAGAAGUUGAAAAUGCGCUGCAGUUAAGGAAUCUGUCGAAAACACGAUGGACAGUUCAUCCCGAGUCAGUCGAAGCCCUAUGGAGAAGUUUUAAGACUGCUGUUGAAGCGCUCAGAGCAUUAAAUUGUACUAGUGAAAAUACUGAUCCGGAUACCAAAACCAAAGGCAAAGCAUCUGGUUUACUCAUAGGCAGCCCACUAAACGGCUGGCUUUACACCCGUUUUCAAAAUUACGCGACCAAGGACGAAAAUGCUAGAGUUGACAUGUCAGUUUUAUGUCAUUCGGUCACGAAGUUCAAACUUUGAGUUUUGCGGUUCCUUGUCGAUGUUUAUGCUUUGUAUGCUUUAUAUAAACAGGCUUACAAUGAUUUUCAAGAUAUUUUAGUGAGAAUUAUUGCAAAAUUUAAGCACGACAAAAUCAUAACAUCACCGUUAUAGUCUAGCGCGCGUGUUUUAUACUGACAGCUAAAUUCGAGGAUAAAUUGUUAUUUUUCAAACUUUAAAAGUCAUUCACGGUACAUAUUUCUGUUGUGAUGGCUUGUAUUGUGCUUUAGUUUGUAUAUUUAAGUUAUCUAACUAAUUUUUGUUCAGUUUUGGUAUUAAAUACGGUUUAAAAUGUCUUUUGACAGUUUGUUUACGUUUGCUAUUUUUAGCAGUUCUUGCGACAUAAAACUGACAUUUGAAGUAAGAGUAUUUUACCGCUGAAACGGGGGUAAAACGCUGAAAUGGGGGUAAAACGCUGAAAUGGGGAUAAAACGCUGAAAUGGGCAAAUUUAAUCGAAUUCGCUGUUUGCUAGACCAUUGCGAACACAUGUAAUUUACCCUGGCUCGUUCCCAGUCGCUCGCGUUGGAUCAUGGGAAUGGGUUAGGUUUUGCCUAUAAAACUGAAUAAAUAUAAGAAAGAAGUUCCCGGUAAAAUGACAACCACAAAUUUUCGAAGAACGAAUUUUAUCUGACAGUUUAUCUUGUAUUAAUAAUGUAAUCCACAAUUCUCUCCAUUUCCAUCUUUGGGCGUUGUUUCCUGUCAUAGAGAAGUGUGGGUUCUACACGGCCAAAAACGCUGAGCCUGCUGUAUUGCCUGUACUGUACUGUACUGUACUGCCUGUACAACAGGUUGCAAGAAUGUUAUGCUGACCUAUUUUUUACAGUUAACAACAUUGAACAAUAUUAUUCAUCUUGAAUGGGGUGCAACAAUAUACAAAUAAUGAAUGUUUAUUCGUGCAAUGGUAAGAAUAUUUUCAUGAGGUGAAAGAUGGAAUGUUCCAUUCAGCGAGGCGACAGCCGAGUUGAAUGGAACAUUCCAUCUUUCACCUCAUGAAAAUAUUCUUACCAUUGCACGAAUAAACAUUCAUUAUUUGCUUUAUAUAAUACCAAAAUAGACUGAUAGAUUCGUAUGAGAAGCAUUUUGACGGAUGCGAUUUAUCGAAAACACAAAGAGUGCAAUGAAAUAAAACGUAUAGUACAAUUGCACUCACAAAGAGUGCAAUGGAACGUAUUCCGUUGCACUCUUGAGAAAUGGAAUUUUCUAUUCAAUAUCACGUGACCAUAAACAGCCAAAUAAACGUAGCACAAUAUAGCACAAUAUUGUUGCAACCUGUUUUUAUCAACAUUGCAACUACAAGUUCAUGAUUUUUACGCGUGUAUACAGUCAUGCAGGAGAGGAAAAACGUUUUCUCCGAUUUAGACACGUGUCCUGACAAUUCCCGGGAAAUUCCUGUAACACCGGUUUUACACCCAAAAUACCAGCCAUCUGACAGUGUCACGAUAGUAUGCUAUCACAAAAAGUUGAGUUCGAAGUUAUAUGGAGAGAAUUGUAGAUUACAUUAUUAA